AUGGACGACGCGCUGGAGCCCAUCAGAGGGUUGGUCCAUCGGGUCAAAGGGUCACUCUCUAGACACAGAGCUGAUGGCGAAUACUGCGGCUUACGCAUUGUCCGCGACCCCAAGAAUGCCGAUAUUGACAUUGUGGCCGUUCAUGGCCUGGGGAGCGAGGGCUUCAAGUCAUGGGUCACUGUUGAUCCCAGCCAGUCCAAGAGUCACAAGUCAUGGCUCCAGGAGCUUCUCGCCAAGGACGUCCCAAAUGCCCGCAUCAUGACCUACGGGUAUAUUUCUGAUGGCGGGAGUUUCCGUUAUGUUAUCCGAAAUGUCCUGUACGGUCGCGCUCUCGACAUGGUCAAAGAGCUCGGGGCCCAGAGAUGCAAGGACGGCACAGAGAAGAGACCGAUAUUCUUCAUUGCCCACAGUCUCGGGGGCUGGAUCGUCAAGCGCGCCCUCAUUAUAUCCAGCGAGGCUGCCGACGUGGAGCUCAAGGACAUCGAGCUGUCUACUUGCGGGAUUGCUUUUUUCGGGACACUCUCACCUGGAAAACCAUUGUCGCCAUCGCCACUCGCUCACGUCAUCCGCAGAACGACCUCUGGCCUGAAUGAGGACGCCAAGUACAGCAGAAGGUCUUUGUCCAUGAACUCAUUUGAGCUCAAUGAAAGCGACAGCGAGUGGCUAGAAAAACAACUCGAGGCGUUCAAGGCUAUAAUGACUAAUUUACCCCGUCUCUCAUUCCACGAGACCAAGAAGUCUGAGGAUAGCUUCGUUGUGAAAAAGACCGAUGCCAUCACGGGAUCCGACGGCGAUCAAAUUGGACUUAAUGCGACUCACUCUGACCUCAUUAAAUUCCAGGGGCGUGAUGCGAAUUAUGAAGCAUUCAUCAGCAGGUUCCGUGAAAUGAUAAACAAUGCCGGCAUAUCAGGGCUGUUGGAUGAAAAACACAAGGUCUUCAAUCUCGCUGUGGCUCCCCCGUUGAAUUUUCCAACAGAGGACUUCUCCAUCCCAACCAAGAUUCCUGGUGAACCAGGUAUAGUGAUAGGUCGGGAAGACUUGCUUGAGCAGCUUGAUACAAUUCUCAGGCCGAAAGAUGAGACAGAUAAGCUGCAACUCAGCAUCGCCACUCUCUGGGGCCCAGCCGGUACAGGCAAAACGACGCUUGCAAAACACUACGCAGAAACACACCGCAGCGAUAUAUCCUUCGUCAUCUGGGUGUGGGCCGAGAGCUGGGAAACUGUUGUGGCAAGCUAUCUCGAGUUUGCCGAGUCUCUUGUCUGCCACUACUCCAAAAAGGCGCCCAGAGCCCGUGUGGAGAACGAUCUCGGCUUAACUGGAAUUGGCGAAAUGCUCAAAGUGAAGAGCAUCUUGGAGCUUGAUACGCCGACCGUCAAAGCGGUUGUACGGGCAGUGAAGGACUGGCUGAUGCGCCCCGAGAAUCGCGAGUGGCUACUUAUCUUGGAUAAUGUCGACGCUACCUUCGACAUCUUCGAUUUCAUACCUCUCACGUUGUCUGGGAGAAUUAUUUUGACAUCAAGAGACAAAACUUGUUGCCCGUGGGGUACUGAGCUAGAGGUUCCCGUCAUGACCGAGGCAGAAGCUAUCGAGUUGGUCAAGUCCACACUUGGAAACGAAAUUGCCGAUAACCCUGAAGAACUUGAAGCAGCAAAGGAAGUCGUUAAGCAUCUUGGUUACCACCCCCAGAGUAUCGCCAUGUUAUCGUCAACAAUCCGACAUAGGGACAUAACCAUCAGCAAAUACCGCAAAAGGCUUGACACAAAGUUUCCUUUAAGCCUCCCUGGUUCAAAUAUCGACCAAUCCCCAGUCACUACAACCAUCUUGGGUAUCAGUGCCAUGUUGUCAAAUUCUGUGAUUCCCGUGGCUCUGUUCACCACCGACCUACUAAAGCAAGCGUCAACAAACCUUUCAGCUAACUUCCCUGAUAUCAAAUUGUUCCAAGAUCUCGACCAUCUUAAUGAUGUCUUUCAGCAUUUGCUAAACGAGAACUUCAUCCAGACGCCGUCGUCCCCAACUGACUCGCCAUCGCAGUCCUCCAGCUCAUCCAGCUUCGACUCGUUCAUCCUUGAGUCUGAAGCUCGUGAUCAUGUUCGUCGGUCACUAACCCAGGAGGGACAAGUCGAUCACGCCAGAAUCGCCUGCACUGUAUGUGUCGACGGUAUUCGUAGGAAGGAGUCAGAUUCCGAAACCUUACCCGAGAUCCAUGACUUUGGGCGCAUCAUGGCUCCACAUGCCAAAACAUGUUACGAUGACUGGGCCGCUGCGUUGGAGGUAUCCCCGGACAAUCAAGUGAUUGCAUGGGAGGUGCUGGGGAAUGUCUGCAUGACACAAGGAGCAACAGAGCAAGCCAUCGGAUGUUUCGAACUCUCGCUGAGAGAAAACAAGGCUUUGAGCCCCAUAGACAGGAUUCAAACCUCCCUGUCGCUAGCCACCCUACUGAACCAGAUGGGGGAGUUUCAGCGGAGUCAAGAUAUCCUGCUCGAUCUCGACCUUCUUUCCAUUGACAAGGCACUGGGGUUCCGUGUCGCCAUGGCAAGAGCCUCCACGUCUGCUGCACAGGGGGAGCUAGACGAUGCCGAAAGCCAAUACGAAACCCUCGAACACGAGCAAGAGCAAACACUAGGACCUACAGAUAUCUCAACAGUCAACACAGUCCAAAGGCUCGCCGUCACCCUCGAGCAGCUCGGCAAGUUCGAGGAAGCCCAAGCCCUAUACCGCCGCGUCUUUAUCUCCUACAAGAACCUCUUCGGGCACGCCCAUCCCAUCGCCCUCGAGGCCCUCGAGGACCUCGCCAACAUCUCCCGCGCCAACAACGCCAUCGACGACGCCGAGAGCCUCUACAAGCAGAGCGUGGAGAUCAAGACUCGCUCCCUCGGCCCCGACCACCCCUCCACCGCGCACGCGAUCCAGAAACUCGCCGUCAUCGACGACCUCCGCGGCCACUACGAGGAGGCGGCCAAAAAGUACCGCCGGGCCCUCGACAUCAUGUCCCGCUCGCUCAACCGCGCCCACCCGCUCUACACCACCACCCUCGAGAACAUGGCCCUCAGCUCCCGCUGGCACGGCCGCGCCCUCCAGGAGGAUAUCCCCUCCCCCUCGUCGUCGCGCACCAUCAAGCCCAAGUCAAAGGACGAGGACGUCAUGCACGAGACACGCCGGCGCACGGCCUUUGAGGAGGCCGAGCGGCUGUACCUUGAGGUCGUCAACAUCAAGCGCGCCGCCAGGGACGUGUACUCGGAGAGGGAGGUGCUGGCCACGGCGUCGAAGUUGCAGGAGAUGUACGAGAACGAGGAGUUCUUCCAGGAGGGUCGGGGGGUCAAGGUCGAUGAUCUGAUGCUCCUGUUCCGGGAUGGACGGCGGAGGGGCACAGUGUAG